GCGGCUGCGGCGGCGCCGCUCGGAGCUGGGCUGCUCUGCUGGGAGCGGGAUCGGGACCAGGACCGGGUUCGGAUCGGGACCGGCAUCGGGAUCAGAACCAGGACAGGGAGCCGGGCGCGCCCCCGAGCGGCGGGGCUCAGGGCUGUGCGCCCCGGCUGGGGCACGGCUCUGCACCGGGACAGCGCGGCUCCGCUCCGCUCCCCCUGCGCGCCUCUCGCACCGCAGCGCGGCCCCGCUCCGCGCGAUGCUGCCCGGGCGCUCCCCGCCCUGAGGCGGGCGCGGGGUGGCCAUGCAGCCCUCGCUGCCUUAGCUGAGCGCGGCGCUCGGCCCGGAGCCCGCAGCCAUCCCCCGGCGGCACCCGCGGCACCGGCACCAUGAGGAACGGCGAUGACCUGGAAGGCUUCGACGGCGAGGCGUCCAGCGCCUCCAUGAUCUCGGCGGCCAGCAGCCCCUAUCAGCCCACCACGGAGCCCGUCAGCCAGCGCCGCGGGCUGGGCGGCCUGCGCUGCGACCUGGACUACCUGCGGGGCACCUUGGGCAGGCUGAAGCUGGCCGAGGUGCUUUUGGCGCUGACCGCGUUCAUCUGCAUAGAGACCAUCAUGGAAUGCUCCCCGUGCGAGGGCCUUUAUUUCUUUGAGUUUGUGAGCUGCAGUGCUCUGGUGGUCACCGGAGCUCUCCUGCUUUUGUUCAGUCUCAACCUUCACACAAGAAUACCCCAGAUCAACUGGAAUCUGACUGAUCUGGUCAACACUGGACUCAGCACUUUCUUCUUUUUCAUUGCCUCUGUAGUACUGGCUGCUUUAAACCAUAAAACUGGAGCAGAAAUUGCUGCUGUGGUGUUCGGUUUCCUGGCCACGGCCGUGUACGCCGUGAACGCGUUUGUGGCGGUUCAGAAGUGGCGGCUGAGCAGCAGGCAGCAGAGCGGCCGGCAGAGCAGCGACUACAUCCGCGCUCGCACCGAGUCCCGGGAGGUGGUGCACCGGCCCGAGGCCCAGCGCCUGGACGCGUGAGAGCCCGUGCCACCGACAGGGAAACAGCGCUCCGCUCCCUCACGGAAUAAGGGUUUUGCUUUGUUUGAGGAGGAAAAGGUGGAUCCGAGGGUGGUGAGGAUGCCCAGCCCUGCACGUGUGCAGAGAUGUGUUGAGCCAGAAGCCGCUGUCACGAAGGCAGAAAAUGUUGGUGGUUCAAAAGGAAGAUCCCCUCAAGGCCUCCACAUAGACAUGGGCAUAUAUUGUAUAGCUCACAGAAUAUAUAAUAUAUGUCUGUUCUGAAGUAUGUCGUUGCUUUGGAUUAACUGCACAGCAGUUCCCUUCCCUCUCUGCAGAUCCACUGCUCCUUCAGCUGCCCCAGGGACAGAGCAGCCCUGCCUGGCUGUGAGGGAGGAGGGACACCCACGGGAGCCCAUGGAGCCAGGGCCACUCAGCAAUAACUCGGCCAGAGGGACCUGUCCAUCCCAAACUGUCUGUCUGUCCUCUGCCCGGCCUGCACUCCUGCCUGCCUGCUGGAGACCCGUGCCUCGCGUUCCCCUGGGUGCUGGGAGGGCCGGGGCUGGGCCGCGCCUGCCUGGGGAUGCACUGAGGGCAGGAGGUGCUUGUCUGCUCCUGCUGGCUGCAUCCCAGUGUUCAUUCCAAAGUGGGAAAAUAAAUAUGUUUGGGAGAUGGGGUGGAGAAAAGGAGCUUAAGGGGCACAGUGGAGAACUAAGGGGUUGUCAUCCUACAGACUUACAUUCCAGCCAUGGCUUUCUUUUUCUUUUUUUCUUUUUUUCCCCCCUUUUUUCUUUUUUAUUUUUUUUUAAGGUUCAACAUUUCUAGAAGUUUCUGCUGGAACUUGUUUUCCCUCUAAACCCAGGGUAAGCAAGAACUAGCAAAAAAUUUAUGUGCUUUUAAAGUGUUCCUAAGGUUGCACUGUUGUGAUUCACGUAAGGUAAAUAUUUCUUUUUGGAAGGGUGGUUGUUCUAAAAUUAAACCUUAAUUGGUAGUAGGUAAACCUGAUUUUUAUUUUAACUGGGUGUUUCUGCAGAUUUAUUCCCCUUAGGAUUCUUUGAAAAAUGAUUUUAGCUAAUUGGAAAAUAAUAUGAUUGUAUUGAUUCAUUUAGAAAUAGUAAAUAGCUGAAGGUUUUUGUUUUUUUUUAAUUUUCCUUGUACAUCCAGUGAAUGAAUUACAUUUUCUCUACUCAGAACUCAAAUUCAGCAGUAAUUGGCUAGAUGAUGUCACAAUAUUAUUAGGAAUAUGUCUCUUGAUAUUUUCCUGUUUCUUUGGUGUUUUUAUCGCUGUAGUGCAUUAUUUGUCAUUUGUGUGCCUGUGUGAAGACAGUGUGUGUGGGAGGAGAUCUCUAGAACGGAACUCCUUGGUGGUGUGAGGAAAAUGAAAAUCUGUGCAAUUAGUGGAACUGUUUGCCAUGUGUGCCUGAGUUUGUGUGUCCUGCUGGAGCUGCACUGCUCAGGGUCAGAACAAGGGGCAGUGUGCUGUGGGUGAGGUAUUGAACAUGAAACCCACGUUACACCAAACAGGAGGUCAGGAGAAGUGCCUGGGCUUUUAUAAUACUGGAGGGAGCUCCCAUAGUGAAAGUGUGAACCUAAUGCUGCAAUAUUCAAAUUGAGCAGCAGAGAAUUAUUUUGAUGAGUGAAAAAAAGGUGACAAAGGUGGUGCCUUUUCAUUUUCAAUCUAUUGACAUCUAUAGUGCAUUUCACCUCAGUGGCUAAGAAUGAGAUUGAAGUUCAGAGUUACUGAUGAGGUUAAGGAAAAUUUGUAUUUUCUUAGUGAUUGAUGGUUUACCAGUUCCUACAGUAACAUUUUAUUGUGCUUUAUUGGAUGUUAUGCCAAAGGGAACACCAGUUUAAAAGAAGACUGAACCAACUCUUGGUGCUGGGUUAGAACAGGCAUUCCACUGAGGGUUGUCUCACCUGGGUGCAUUCCCUGAGCAGUACGGGGCAGUUCCAUGGCCAGUGUGGUAAGAAAUAACAAUUUAUUAUUGCCAGAACUACUGUGACAGCCCUGCUGUUUGCCAGCACUGCCCAGGACUGGCAGAGUUUGCAAUGUCAAUUAUUAAAAGACUUUUUAAAAGUAGCACAAGCAUACCCAGUCGGGAAUUGUAAACUGCCAUCAAAGCAGUUCGGAUAAAGAUUGUAAAAAACCCCAAGCAAACCCAAACCAGACAAAACAAAAAAAACCCCAAACAUCCCACACCAAAAUCAAGCCAAACCCACCUACUGAAAUACAGAAUACAGUUCUUCAGAGGCUCCAUGCUUUUAGAGUUGCCAUCUGAAACCAGGAGGGGGUUUUGUCAGUGGCCAGGGCUGAAGGAGCAUCCCCAGAUCCUCUCCUGUGCUCACUGUGGUCGGGGCAGAGCUCUGCGGGCUCCUGUGCCUCUCUGGUUUAUGAAUUUGUACCUUUCAAGCCCUGCACCUUUCCUGGCCUGGAGGAAGGGUGGCUCAGGGUUUUUCUGUGCAGUGAGGUCCCAGCCCUUCGAGCUGCAGUGCCAGGAGCAGAGUGCAGCAGUCACACCUCAGUGGGGCCCUGGGGCUGCUGCAGGAGGGGUGAGGUUCCUGCAGCUGGGAAUGCCAGUAGUCAUUACUCACAUCAGGCCCUGAGCCUAGCACAGCUCUCAGGGUGGAAUCCGAAAGAGAACAGUAAUUUUAAAAACACUAAUUUUAAAAACACUAUCUGAUUCACUUCGUGAAACAAAAGGAAAUGUAAAUGUGUAAUUUCCUUAUUUUGGGGACCAAAGAUGAUUUUAAUAUUGUAUAGUAUAUACUUUCUAAAAAAAUCUUAAGCACUUAUUGCUCUGCAGAGACAUUAUUUACUAUUUGGAUUUUAUAGAAGGGAAAUAAAAUACCUAUGAGAGACAACUACAUUUGAAAUACUAAGCUCAUUUUGAUGUAUCCAUGGCUCAUUUGCCCUGAGUUAAUUUGACACAGUGUAUUGGAGAGGUAUUUUUUUUAAGACUGUUAUCUAAACUGCAGUCAGACAAAAAACUGUUAAGGAAGAAAAGAGGGUAGAAAGUUUUUUGUUUUUUUUUUUAAUUGCUUAGACAAGUGACAUUAAAUUGCUUGUCUCAGCCAGUUAGUCUUGCUUGUAAUUGCUAGCACACAGGGAUAAUUUCUUUUAGUCCUUAAGGGUGCUGUUUAGCUUCAUAAAGGGACUCAAACCCCACUGGAAAUAGAACUAAAUAAAAGCAAACAGGUGAGCUUGGUAGGAACAGGAUGCUUGAAGCAGUGACGGUUUGGAUGAGUCCCCUUUGGUCCAAGAGAGCCCUCAGCUCUGGAGUCUGGGUGUUUCUGGGUGCAGACAUGACUGCAUUCUGCAGCCUGUGCACAGUGUUACACAGUAAGCUCUGGAGCAGCAGCACUGCUGGAGGAGCCUCUUUGCCUCUCCUGCUCAGUUUGCCAGCCUCAGCUGAGGUUGGAGCCACGUCCUUGAGCUGUGCAAACAGCCCCAGCAGGAGCUCCUAAAGCCACAGAGGAACUCACUCAUGUCUGAGUAAAGCCAAUUCCUUCUUCCUCCACCAUUUCCUUUUAUUUGGAAUAUUCGUGCCUCAUGGAUCAAAUGCUUUCAUAUUUAAUUCUUGCUAAGCCUUGUUUGUUGGUCUGUGCAGUGCCAGGAAAUCAGAAUGUGUCCAACAUCCCUUGAUUUCAGCUGGGGUGCUCUUCCCUUUCCUGGUGGCUUAGGAGGUUGGCUGGGUGUUCUUUCCCGUGGGACUGUGGAAAGCUGGUGCUGCUCUGAGAUUCCUGGUAGGAGCUUGGGAGGGGUAGAGAGUGAUCUCCCUGUGCCUUCUGAGACAGGCACUGGCUCCAGAGAUCUGGGACUGCAGAUCUCUGAUCCCAGACUGUGCUGCUCACUGGAUUCAGGAGCACAGCAUCAGCAAAAUCUGUGCCUUGGCAGCAGCUCCUCUUCUUUCAGUUAUAAGGUGUCUUUUACACGGGAUUUCAGUAAAGGAGCAGCGGGUGCUGCUCUUUCCUUGGCUUUGUCACCUGUUGUGACAAACACUUCCCAGUGUGUGUUUGUCACUCUGGUCUCACGGCACACUCUGGCAUUGUUUCAGCUCUGUCUUUCAUUGCUGCUUCCAGAAGGAGGAGGGAAAGGUUCCCGCUCCACUGGGGAGGAAUUUGUGUUCCCCCUGUGAGUUCCUCUGUCCGUGUGCUGGUUGUCCCCUCCCGCCAGGACAAGCCAGUGGUUCAUGCAGUGCUUGCACACAGCAGAGGGGAUCUGCUGCAGGCGGCCCUGGACUGUUCUGGGUGGGUCAACCACCAGCUUUUCAUGAGCUUUAAGGUCCCUAAAUGAAUCUGGUCACCUCUCUGCUGUUUUGGGGGUGUGCACGCACUGCAAAUGCUUAGCUAAUCUGUGGCUUUAUUAAUGCAAUCCUUUCUUUCUCCCCCUCCCUCUUCCUCAGGCCUCUUUCUGUUAUUUUCUUGUCUCAAGUCUCAUGUCAUGUUGUAAUAAUUUCUACUUGUUUUCUUUUGUGAAGGAAAAAAACCUCACAAAAAAUCUAAAAUAAGCAAGAAUAAUGGUUUGAGGGCAUAAUCAAAAAUGUAAACAAACUUAAUAGCAGUUCAGGUAGUGUAGGAAGUAGUAUUUGUCUCUCCUACUGAUCAGCUUUUUGCAUGGAGGAGCAUGAAGAACAGAGCUGCCCUGAAAGCUCUGGAGCCAAAACUCUUCAGGAGGCAUUCAGGAUAAUAAAAAGGCACAGUCUGAUAAGGAAUUGGAGAUGUGAGAAGGACACUUGACAAUCCAGAGCUUUCAAAUGAGACAUGAACCCACAGUGGGCACAGCAGUCAUGGGGAUCUCAGGGGGCUGGGAAAGGGCUGGGAUUGCCCAGGCUCAGCUCCCAGAGAGUCCAGAGGGGGAUCCAGUCUGGUCCCUGCUCAGUCCCACAGGGAAGAAAGCCAGGGUCUGUCACUGCUGAAAAUCAGGCACUUGACUUGUGUUUGCACCAUGAAAUAAUGGAUUGUUCAUUGUCUGGAGGGCCAGCAAAACUCAGAAUUACUGUGCAGGUGCAGGUGUCCUGUGUGUGAGUUUUAAUGGCAACAAAAGCUUUUCAAAAUUAUCCUGAAAUCAGUACAAAAAUGCACGGAAUGUGUGAAAAUACUUUAUAGAAAUUAUGCCACGUUCCUCUCUUUAUUUUGACAGAGGGAGUUGGUCAAAAUGAAUUUUGGUCAAAAUACAAAUACUCAGGAAAUCUCUGAAUGACAUUGUAGAGGGUUUUCCUGGUAUAUUAUUUUCCCUGUCAGCCACUUGGCCACCUUUAUAGAUCUGCUUGACCAAGUCAGAGUGGUGCUGUCCAACCUGAAAGGGUUCCCUUGUUUUGGUCUUUUUUUUUGGUUGGUUUUUUUUUGGUUUUUUUUUUUUGGUUAUAUUUUAAAAAUCUGUCUAUAAUUUAAUCAUUUGUAUAAAAAUAAUCUUUUUAAAAAAUCUGCUUACACUGUGAUUUCUGGUAGCCUUUAAUUUAGAGUAUACAACACAAUCUAAUUUUCUAAUUUUCUUUUUGGAUAUGCAGCUUUCAGAAGUGUUCUUAUAUAUGCCCAGAAAUGAAAGUUGUCUAUUUAUCAUAGGAAUGUGAUUAGAUAAAGUAACCUAUCCAGAAUCCCAGUGCAGCUCUUUCAUAUGUGCUGGAUGGACUAGUUAGUGAAAUUGCCUUUUAAUCUCUAUGGGUUAAUAAAUAUUUUUUUAUAACUAGCCACAGAUAUUCCUUUUUAAAUUAUACUUGGCAAACAGAAGAUAUUUAAUUUUAUAUACAAUAUACAUAGUUACCUUGAUUGACAUAUUUAUAACAUAGAGCUUUGUGUUUACUAUGAAGGUUUUAUCUGUAUCCCGUGGACUUCAUGGGUAGAACUUUUAAAAGUCAGUUAGCAUUUAUGGAAGGAUAUGGGAACUUUCUUCAUGGCUUCACAGUGAGGACAUAGGAGCAUUUAAAAGGCAAUAGCCAGAUUGUUUUACAAGUAUUUGGGGGGGGUUCUUAUUUUUCGAUUGGGGCUGGUCCCUGCAGCUAUUUUAAUAACAUCUGGAUGUGAGUAACAGAAUGGAAUAUGAGCAUCUGCCUCUUCUGACUGUCACAGGCCAUUGUCUAGAGCACAGGAAAUUUCAGGGUAUUGUAUUGUUUUGCUUUGGACAAAUGUCUCAAUAGACCUACUUAAUUAAAACCUUCAUGUGUCUGAAAGAAAACAUCCUCUCUUAACUAGGUUGAUUUAUCUCUUUUGGUACCCUUUUAAUCCCAAAAGCAGAGUUGUCUGAAUAUCUUUAGUGAUGUUCCAGCUAUCCUGAUGUCUGCAGGUUAAAGUGGUCCUGGCUAGCACCCUUUUAUUACAACAAUUGCUACCUUCAUUUUUCUACUGUUUCUACUUUAAUCUUGAAUGUUUACCAGUUUCUAUUGUUGGAUCUUGUGGAGGGAGAGUGUCUUAGCACUACAGCUCAUCCAGCUUUAACUCAUAAUACAUCACAGUCCUGGAGUAAGAAAAUAUUUUUAAUUAUAUAUUGUGUCCAAUUUAUUGCAUUUUAAAAUGACUUCUAUACUUAAGACACAACAUUUAUGACAUGAUAGGACGAAUGACUUAGCUAAUCAUUGUAUCUGUCUAGACUUACUCUCUUUUGUGUUAGUGUCAUUUUGAAACUAUUUGUAUAUGUUGAAGUUUGUAAGGGUUCAGGAACCCACAAUAAAAUAGUAAAGUACGUAUUUAUUUCUCAUUAUAAUGCUCAAAUUUGAUUUGGAAGUUGACACUUUGUAUGUCUUUUCACAGAAUUGUAAACAAAUACCGAAAAACUGCUUCACCUAGGGUGCCUUCCAUGUGUGGUACUAACACUUGUCAUUCACAGGAAUAGAGAUGUAAAUUUAUGAAUCCAGUAAACACUAUUUUUGUAAUGUGAGUCACUAACUCAGCUCUGGCCUCGUUGUGCUUUGUUCCCACCAACUCCAGGUUUAUGGCUGCUGUGGUCACUGCCUUCCCUCCCUGUGUGCACUGGACCUGACCCCUGGGGAAUCACAGGUUGUGUCUCCUUUGCUCAGCUGCCCCCCGAGCACAUUCCUGGUGUUCCAGGUUCCCUUCCUUGGGCCGUGUGGAAGGAUGCUCAGUGUGGGGUGUCUGUAUGGUCAGGGCUGACCUUGGCUGCUCUAGACCAAUUCUGCAGCCCAAUCCAAACAUUCCAGCUCAUAAUUGAUGAUUUACAGCUUGUGAAGAGGGAGCAUCCAGGCCUGACCAAAAGACUUUAUCUCUCUGGGUUACAGGUGCUGUAUUGACAGGUUUGUAAUUGCAAACAGCUCAGAGGUAUUAUGGAAAAACCAGGUUAGAAUUCUAUUCAGGCUGAGCAAAGGGAAUGCAAUUUUCCUUUUAUCAUGAGCACAAGUCUGCUGUGCUAUACCCUUGGUACUUUGCUUUUGGAGUACAGCCUGCAGUGUUCUGUCCUGGAGAGCCCUUGGUGAUCUCAGUGUGGUGUGAGGCAGCACCCGGCUGUUGUCCUGCCCUGGGCAGUGCCCCUCACCCAGGGGCCAGGCCAGGGCUCCCCUGAGCUCCAGACCUUGCUGCAGGACUGUGGGGUUUCACAUUCCCCUGGAGACAGCUCACAGCCCUGGAGGAUUUCCCGUUGUUCUGCAGAGCCCGGAGAUGCAGCAGCUGCUCCAAGGUGGUGCUCCAGGAGCAGCUCCCACUGCCUGCCAGAUCUGGGUGGGAAAGGUAUCCUGGGAAUGCUUGACCAAGCUCAGAGGCAAGGUACUCUACAAGAAAACACAGCCUCCUGGUGUAGCUUGUUUCUACACCAGUAACCAUCUUUGAGUUGUUGAGGUCUUUCUUUGUUGUCUGUGCUAAUAAAAAACCACAAGCUGAAGAGUUGUAAAGUCUUGCAAUACACAAAGCAGUCUUGGUUUUAAAAUCCAUGCUAUUGCAACAUAAUUUAAAUGGUGUAUUUAUCAGUUUUAAAUGUCAUUUUGCUUUUCCAGUCUUUUGUAUAUGGGCACAAUACUUUUUGUAAUUUUUUUUUUUUAUUUAGUUGUCUUUCUGUCUUUUCUUUCUGGUAUUGGAAGAUUGGAGCUCUCUGGGUUUUCACGGUACUCUUCUGAUCAUUCUUCAUAGUGGUAAAAGUGUAUUUUUGUAUGUAGGAGAAAUGGAAGUUUUCUAACACUUAUUCAAAUCAAUAUAGUACGGAAUCAUUUGUGAAGGACUUCCUGUUUAAUAAAUGGACAUAUUAAAGUACUAAAA